GGGCGGAGCUCCGCGUUCCCCAAAAACCGCCUCGGAAGCAGGGAGCGGGAUUGGGAUUUGGAUCAGGAUUUGGGAGCUGCAGGGAUCGGCACGGUAGGACGCAGGGGUGGAGGAGACCUCGGUGAGAAGAAAUUCCGAGGAAGAAGCAAACCAAGAAUUCAGAAAAUGAACGGAAAAUGAAACAGCUGAGGUCAUGGGACGAAAUUACUGGCUGAAAGAGGAACAUAUAAUGCCAGCACUAAACUGGAAGCCCUUUAUCUAUGGAGGUUUAGCAUCAGUCACUGCAGAAUGUGGUACUUUCCCCAUCGAUCUGACCAAAACACGUCUCCAGGUUCAAGGUCAGGUUAAUGAUGCCAAAUAUAAAGAGAUCCGCUACCGUGGAAUGGUGCAUGCACUAGUCAGAAUAUGCAGAGAAGAAGGAUUGAAAGCCUUAUACUCUGGGAUUGCACCUGCAAUGCUACGGCAAGCUUCAUAUGGAACUAUAAAAAUAGGGACUUAUCAGAGCUUAAAAAGAAUGUUUGUUGAACGUCCAGAAGAUGAAACCUUGAUGAUAAAUGUUCUGUGUGGCGUUCUUUCUGGAGUAAUCUCAUCAUCUAUUGCCAACCCUACAGAUGUCUUAAAGAUCAGAAUGCAAGCCCAAGGUAGUGUGAUUCAAGGAGGAAUGAUGGGCAACUUCAUACAGAUCUACCAAAAGGAAGGCACUAAAGGAUUAUGGAAGGGAGUAUCACUGACAGCACAGAGAGCUGCUAUUGUUGUUGGAGUGGAACUGCCUGUGUAUGACCUUAUCAAGAAGCACAUAAUUAUGUCUGGAUUUAUGGGAGACACAGUAUAUACUCACUUCCUCUCAAGUUUUGCUUGUGGAUUAGCUGGAGCCCUUGCAUCCAACCCAGUUGAUGUUGUAAGAACACGCAUGAUGAAUCAGAGAAGCCAACAUGGGGGACACUCAAGCUACAAGGGCACUUUGGAUUGCUUGUUACAAACAUGGAAGAAUGAAGGCUUUUUUGCUCUAUAUAAAGGGUUUUGGCCAAACUGGUUAAGACUUGGUCCUUGGAAUAUCAUUUUCUUUCUGACAUAUGAACAGCUGAAGAAAUUGGAUGCCUGACAUGCUGAGCUGCAUACUGAAUUCUGUUAAUGUACUGUCUGACUUUAGAGCAAUGUCCAAGUUGUCUUGUGUAUUUGCUCUUUACUGUCUGAACUGCUGGCCAAAGGAAGAGGUCACUGCAAGACUGUUGAGUGAGAAGAACCUGUAAGUGAUUUCAAGGCAAACUGGCUCCUGUAACCAUGGCUUGUGUGAUUCAGUGGAUGAUGUGCACUAUUUUCUAGACUGAACCAAACAUGGUGGAAUACUGUCAACUGUUUCAGUGUUUUUGAAUGAGAAGAUCUGUAACACAACUUGAUGCUUUUGAGACUCAUGCAGGUUUUUUUAUAAGAGGCAAAGAACAGGGUUUUUUCUUCUGUAUUUAUGUAAGGAAAGGAAAAAAUUUUCUGAAAAGAAAAAUUAUUUUUCUUACAGAUAGGCAGUACCAAGGAGCUGGGCUUUUUCUGCUUUCAGAAAUGUAUACGAUUUGAGUGUAAAAGCUUAAAGCUUCUAAUUAAUUGGAAGUGUCACAAGACAUCUUUGCAGGCUUUCGGGUCAGCAAAAUACCUACUGCAGUGCAAAAUCUGCUUCUGAUUUUGGAGCUUUUGUGUGUUCUAAAUCCUUAGAUGUCUGUGUAAUCUGCUGGGAUAAUCCAGCUUCAUUUGCAAGUGUGGUUGCUACAGUUGGCAGUUUUGCAUAGCUUGAAGAAAGUUUUUUUUUUCCAAUGUAUCAUGAUGAUUUUCAGCAUAAGUCAUUCUUCAAGAUAUUCCUACUUGCAAUUUACAUAUGAAUAAAGUUCAAACAAGUUCAUGCCCAUCUGCUGAUCUUGCAGCGAAACUUUCCAUGCCUCUUUU